GUGACCGAGUGCCAUGUAAUUUCCUGACACUGUAGCCCCAAGAGGCUAUAGAGCGGUAUUUGUAAGCUCUCCGUUCUCGGGCCCUGAAUUUACCGGCAGGAGCCAUGUCUGUGGCCGGGCUUAAGAAGCAGUUCUACAAAGCCAGCCAGAUGGUGAGUGAAAAAGUAGGAGGUGCAGAAGGGACCAAACUGGACGAUGAUUUCAAAGAAAUGGAAAAGAAAGUGGAUGUCACCAGCAAAGCUGUGGCUGAUGUAUUGGCAAAGACAACAGAGUAUCUUCAGCCAAAUCCAGCAUCCCGGGCCAAGUUGUCCAUGCUAAACACCGUGUCAAAGAUCCGAGGACAAGUGAAAAAUCCAGGUUAUCCCCAACCAGAGGGUCUCCUUGGAGAAACCAUGAUCAGAUAUGGCAAAGAGCUUGGGGACGAAUCAAACUUUGGUGAUGCUUUAUUGGAUGCUGGGGAGUCCAUGAAGAGGUUGGCAGAAGUAAAGGAUUCUCUGGAUAUAGAAGUGAAACAAAACUUUCUGGACCCCCUACAAAAUCUGUGUGAUAAAGAUCUGAAGGAGAUACAGCACCAUUUGAAGAAGAUGGAAGGCAGGCGAUUAGAUUACGAUUACAAGAAGAAACGUCAGGGAAAGAUCCCGGAUGAGGAACUGAGGCAAGCCAUGGAAAAAUUUGAAGAGUCGAAAGAGGUGGCAGAGACCAGCAUGCUUAAUCUCCUGGAUACUGAUGUGGAGCAGGUGAGCCAACUCUCAGCCCUGGUGGAGGCGGCACUUGAUUAUCACAGACAGGCAGUGCAGAUCUUGGAUGAAUUGUCUGACAAACUGAAGGAUAGAAUGCAAGAAGCCUCCUCCAAACCCAAGAGAGAAUACAAACCUAAGCCGCGAGAGACCUAUGAUUAUUCUGAGAAUGAACAUUCCAACGGAGGCUUCUCCUGCAACCCACCCACUAGAACACCAGCUUCAUCAUCAUUCCGAUCAGAUAAGCCAGCCAGGAACUCCAGUAACCGCAGCUCUACUCCCCUGGAUCAACCAUGCUGUAAAGCGUUGUAUGAUUUUGACCCCGAGAACGACGGAGAACUUGGUUUCCGAGAGGGCGAUAUCAUCACUCUGACUAAUCAGAUUGAUGAGAACUGGUAUGAAGGAAUGAUCAACGGCCAAUCAGGAUUUUUUCCUCUCAAUUAUGUAGAGGUUUUGGUUCCAUUACCUCAGUGAGUUUUCUAACUCAUGGUUGGGGUUACAAUCCAACCUUCUUACUAACACUAAGGACCAAAAUCCGAGAUUACAGUUCCCUGUUUUGGGCGUAUGUAUUAAAGACCAGCUGUUUUUCCUUUUUUUUUUUCUGUACAGUACUUGUUUUUUUUUUUAAUGGUUUUCUUGUUCGUGGGCACCAGCUCAAUAGUAAAUCUAUCUCCGUCCUUUUCUUUUUGCUAAAGCAUAUUUCAUAAUUACAAACUAUUUCUAUUAGGGAUUCACUGAAUGUGAAUGUAUGCCAUAGAACACUAAAUAUCCCUAACUGGGUGAAUCAUAUUAGACUUCCCAGCAGCUUUGCAAAAUUCUAUUUCUCUGUCUGGUUCUUGUUUUUUUUACCCUGUAACACACAC